AUUACAGCCUUUCGUAUUGCGCUUAUCCAGCUCGCUGUUUCUUCAAACAAGUCUCAGAACGUGUUGCGUGCAAAGGAGAAAAUCAAAGAAGCAGUGUCUAAUGGAGCAAAAGUUGUAGCAUUGCCGGUGAGGAUUCGGUUUGACAAUUUUCAGCUCAUUUGCUUGCAUUCUGAGGCCUGCUACCCUAUUAUUUAACUGUGCAGGCGCCUUCACAAGACCAAACAAGAAGAGACGGUGUUGUGUAGGAGACCACCCCACCCGAUCCCCACCCCCUACUUAAAUCAUCCCCUCCCAGUCAACCCCCCCUUCCUAUCCUCCCUGCUGAAAUUUGUGACCCAGUGCCAGACAAAAACGUUAAAAAUAAUAAUCCCGUGGCUGUUGCUGGUUGCGUGUUAAAACAACAAGAGGACCAUAGUUUUGCACCUAAGCUUGAUCUAGACAAAUCGGGGAUUAUGUAGCCUGCGAAUGCAGUUUUAUUUCCAGUUAAUUCUUCUGGGUGGGGAGAAAGCAUCUGUAUUCACAGGCUAGGGAUUAUGGGGAAAAAAUCAACCCCAUUUCAGUGUCAAAGUUGUUAAUUUGCACCUCAAAACAACUUUCAGGAAUGUUUUAAUUCCCCAUACGGCACACAGUAUUUUGCGGACUAUGCUGAAGAAAUCCCUGGGGAAUCUACAAAUAUGCUGUCAUCUGUUGCUAAGGAGACACAGUGCUAUGUUAUAGGAGGAUCUAUUCCUGAGAGAGAUUCUGGGAAGCUGUAUAACACCUCUACUUCUUUUGGUCCUGAUGGAGCAAUGCUUGCCAAACAUAGAAAAGUAGGUAUCAUAUGACACUUGUUCUUGUGAUACAUUUAUUCUAGACUAAAUGAGGAGGUGGUUGAUCAGUGGCACCCUGAACUUCACAGGCCAGUCAAAAUUGUUUGCAAAAGUAGGCUGGACAACCACAGAAAAUAGGCAGCAAAGGCCUCAAUAAUAAUUAUUAUUCAUUAUUUAUAAUUAAUUAUUAUUUAUAAUUAUUUGUUUGGUUCGCUGGCUUAUUUUGACCGGAUUGACUUCAAUUAACUGUCUUACAUUAUCUGUAUAUAUAUUAUAUAAAUAAAAAUACUUCUUAGGGGUAUCAAUGACUAAACCAAGACUCUGGCAUGUAACUAUACAGUCAACUCUGGCCUUGCGGACACCCUGCUAUGAUGGACAGCCCAAUAAUGAGGAGAUCAGCUAAGACCCAGGCAAAAGUAAAUUACAGUUGUUUGACAGAUAUAAACUCCCAUUGUUGUGGACAACCGCAGUUUCCUUAUACAGAACAAAAUGACCUGCAAUACUGUUUUUCACGAGAAACAUUUUAAGUACUCACAAAAGGAGUCAAACCUAUGACCUUCUGGUUACUAGUCCAGUGUAUAAUAAAAUUUUUAGUAGCAGACAUAAAGAUUUUAGCAGAAGGUCAAUGUUAGAAAUGAGAUGAGAUGACAAACCAAGAUGUAAUUCUGUUUCACAGGUACAUCUGUUUGAUAUCGAUGUCCCAGGAAAAAUCCGCUUUCAAGAAUCAGAGGUCCUGUCUCCUGGCAGUCAAUUAACAAUGAUAGACACUUGUAAACAAACAAUUUUCUUUAAUUAUGCUCUUUGAAUUUAUUAUGUUUUCACUGUGUGUGUUUCUACUCUCUUUUUUAAUUUCCAUGAAUUGCUUAAUUCUUUUCGUUUUCAAUAGCUCUGUGUAAAAUUGGAAUUGGAAUUUGCUAUGACAUGAGGUUUCCUGAAAUGGCCCAAGUAUAUACCCAGCAAGGUAAUUCCUCAUCUCAAGUCCCCCUCAGUUGUAAUAUAUACAUGUAUAUAAACACUGGUUAAUUUGCAACUCAACAGGGCAAUUUUUCCCUUGAAAAAUCGUUAUUCCAUAAGUGUUUGUCAUUUGUUUUGCUCAGCCAAUUGUUACAGUGAAACAAGGGAACACUUGAAAUAUUUCAGGAAUGUUUCUUGUGUUAUGACCAAUCGCAGUAAAGAUCUGGACAGGCAAACUAGCCACAAAACCACAAACUAAUUAAUGUUCUUUCUUGCAAUUUAUUUUCUCACCCCUGAUUGGCUUUUUUCUUGCAACACAAUGAUAUUCCAGAUAUAUUUCUGGUGUUGACAUUUUCCUGGUUUGACUAUAGAGAGAUCAAAACAUGGACUGCCCGUAUCUCUAAAGAAAACCCUAAGAUGGGAAAGAGUAUUCACGAGUUGUCUAAUCGGCAACCAGUUUUUGCUGUCCAGUGAAGUUGUGGAAAAUUACUGUGCAGUACUCUUUGUUCCACUGGGAAUGAAUUCUUUGUUUGCUAUUAACCAGCCAAAAGCCACAUGCUUUUCUGUAUGUUUAUUAUGAAACCAUUCAAAUAAUUGUUAUGUAGAAUUAUUCUUGUUUGCUUGCUAUUUUAGUUUUGUUUGUGCAUAUUCAUUUCAAGGUCAAACAAAAUGGUUGUAUUAUUGUUUCAGUGUGCAAACUCAUUUUAGUGAAUUGAAAAUGUUAAUAAUAUACUUCAUACAUGGCGCCUCAUCAUGCAUUUAUACACAUCAAAUUUUGUUUCAUUCAGGGUUUGAGCAUUAGUUAAUGCAAAUUUUAUAUGUGAGCAACUCACCAUCUUUAAAAAGUGCGCCCCCCCCCACUGGCAUUAGUACACCCAACACCGCCUCCCUCCCCCCCUUCCUCUCUGGUACUCUUAAUGUAUAAUGACACUCCAGAGUACUCCUUUGAGGGUUUGCAGUAAUAGUAUUUGUUAUUGCAGGUUGUAAGCUGCUAUUAUACCCUGGAGCUUUUAACAUGACAACAGGACCAGCUCAUUGGGAGCCUCUCAUUAGAUCAAGGUAACAUUACAGUUGCACCCCUGUAGUACAGACACCAAAGGGAGAAGCAAAAAGGCAUUUUUCACCAUCAUAGAUUUGGUUGCUUAACCUCCCUUACAAUAGCUUUACCAUACCAUAAUUUGCUGUAGCUUCAGUGUCAUCCUUCACUUGACAUCUGGCUUUAAAUAGUUGUGUCUAGCUUAAUUGGAUUCAGUUUAAUUAUUAUUUUACUUAUUCAUUGUUUGCCUUUUAAUUUUUUUUUCUCUUUUAGAGCUUUGGACAAUCAGGUAUGUAAAAAAGGAGAUCAUAUAUUACAGUAACCAGUUCAUCAACUUCAGCAUACAAAGAAAGUCAUGUCCGAUAGCCUGUGGCUAGUGGAUUUUGCUAUCGGGCUAGUGAUUUUUGUUAAUAACUUGCCCGAUGGGUAAUUGCUGUUUUUUGAGGAAAUUUAAAUUACAGAAGGAUUGUAAUCAAUCUUGCUAAUCAAAAAGGGUUUGGGGGCUACUUGAAAUGACUUGUGGGCUAGUACAUGCUAGCUACAGCUUGUGCGAAUGGCAGGCUGUAAAACUGACUUUGUUUGCACCCUGAACUUAUUUUCCUCCUUCACUUUUUGGUUUCUCUUUCAGUUAUAUGUGGCAGCAGUAUCUCCUGCCAGAGAUGAGGAAGCAACUUAUGUCGCUUGGGGUCACAGCACUGUCAUCAGUCCAUGGUAA